CUCGUAGAAUAACUAAGCAUAUGAUCUGUGGAAGUUAGGACUACUAGAGACCAUCCUCAAAGUGAGGAAUGCAAUCUGAUUGAUAUCUGAAGAAGGGCAGAAACUAACAAUGUUGUACACCCUUAUUAGCACUCAGCUCCUUGUGGAGAAGAGAAGUCGGUUAAUUUCCACCCUCUCAGCAAAGGCUCAGAAGCUCUGGAACAGAUGGGAGCUUCGUUUGGCAGUUCUACUUAGCCUCUUCUUUCAAAUCCUUCUCAUCUUGUUGGGCGAUAGCAGAAGGAACAACAAAAGACUUUGGGUACAAAUCGUUCUAUGGAUCGCCUACUUGUGUGCGGACUGGGUUGCAGCUGUUGCCCUUGGCAUCCUCUCCCACAGUACAGACCAAACCGAAGCCAACUUACUGCCACCCUUCUGGGCACCAUUUCUUCUAUUGCACCUAGGCGGUCCAGACACCAUCACUGCCUUCUCCUUAGAAGAUAAUGAGCUGUGGUUAAGGCACUUACUUGGACUUGGCGUCCAAGGCAGCAUCGCAUCUUACGUCUCCUACAGGUCCUGGACUGGUACUCUGAUCUCAAUUCUUUCAGUCCUCAUGUAUGUUCCUGCAAUUGUCAAGUAUGGUGAGAGGACAUGGGUUCUUAGUUCAGCAAGCAAGGAGCACCUUAGAGACUCUAUGCUUAGUCCCCCUGAUCCAGGCCCAAGUUAUGCCAAAUUCAUGGAUGAAUACAAUUGUAAGGAGGAGGAUGGGUUUCGAGUGACCAUUAAUGGAAGAACUGAAGAAAGUCCACAGACCCCGCCGGCAACUGAUGAUCGAGUCAGCCCUCCCAGCACCUCCUCAACAACCAAAAAUGAUAGCAAUGACAACGAUGUUGAUGUCGAGAUUUUGGUUACAGCACAUAAGUUCUUUGAGAUAUACAGGCGUCUCUUUGCAUUUCUCAUUCUCAGCUUCGAUGAUUGGGAAGAAAGCAAAUCAUUCUUCCAACAAAUUUCUUAUAAGGAGGCUUUCAACUUGAUCGAUAUUGAACUGGGAUUCAUGUUCGAUGUGCUUUACACCAAGGCACCCGUAGCUUAUUCUAUCACAGGCUCCAUUCUACGGUCAAUUAGUUUCACCCUUACCAUCAUUGUGUUUGUUAUGUUCAUGUAUCUUGACAAGCACCAUCAUCCACCCUCCGAGGUGAUUAUAACAUAUUUAUUGCUCUCUCUGGCCAUUGUUCUUGAGAUUUAUGCCGCCAUCAGACUAAUUUCCUCCGAUUCGGCAUUACUCUGGCUAAAUGAGAGAGGCUUGCUGGGUAAGCGUCCAGCUAACUUACUCCUGAAAUAUUGCCGGUGCAGAAGGACAAGGUGGUCUAAUUCUGUCAAACAAUACAAUCUGUUACGCGUUUGGCUCAAGGAUGAUAAACCUGCAGUAUUGUUAGAUAACAGAAUUUGUAAGUACUUUAACAAGCUAUUGAAGGCCUUGCCCAUCCACAAAAAGCUAAAGAAGUACCGUUAUACAACCUAUAAGAAGGUCCCAGAUGAUUUGAAAGAAUUUAUCUUCCAACAGCUCCGCAUCAAAUCAGACAAGGCCAUCAAUUUCACAGCAGCAAAGGAGCUAUGCAAAUGUAGAGGUGGUGAGGUACUAAGGUCCAUGGAUGUCCAUGGUUUGCUCAAGUGGAGUAUCGAUGAUGUGGAAUUUGAUCAAAGUAUUCUUAUUUGGCACAUUGCUACAGAUCUCUGCUAUGAUCAGUCCAGAUCUGAUUCUACAUAUAACAAAGAAAGAGAGAUAAGCAAGCUAUUAUCAGAUUAUAUGUUGUACCUUCUAAUAGUGUGUCCUUUUAUGUUGCCUGAAGGGAUUGGGGAGAUCAGGUAUCUAGAUACCGAGGCAGAAGCCAUGAAUUUCUUCAGUGAGAAAAAAGAAGAUCUCAAAAGGAAAAGACCUUCUCAAGUGUUACUGGAAGUGAAGACAGAUAUUGCACCUAUUGAAGUGAAAGGUCCCAAAAGCAAGUCUGUACUAUUUGAUGCAUGUAGGCUUGCCAAUCAGUUACAAAAGGGUGAGAAAAUAAAAGAUAAAUGGAAGAUAAUUAGUUGUGUGUGGGUGGAGAUGCUAUCAUAUGCUGCAGUUCAAUGCAAAGGACCAAAUCAUGCUCAACAACUUGGACAAGGUGGAGAACUUCUGACUCACGUUUGGCUUCUUAUGGCACAUCUGGGUAUAACAGAACAAUUCCAAAUGCCUACGGGCUUUGCCAGGAAGUUGACAUACAUAUAGAUGGUUAGGCUAUUUUGAGUUUUGAGUUUGAGUUUGAUUUUGAAUUCUCCUCAUUAAUCUUUUAUAUGUCAGCUUCUUGCCAAGUGAGUUUAGGAUCUUGCUUGGUGUACUUAUGGUGUGUUUUAAUGUACUGUAACAUCUCUCUCAAGUAAACAGAAUGUCUCAUUUGCUUAUUAUAAAUAACCAAAUAAAGGGAAUUACCAUAGAUAUCGAAA